AUAUUUCUAGAGUAAUUGAUUAUUUUGUUCCUGAACGUGUAAAACCCAGUGGGUCGCACCGCCGUCGCAGGACCACCACCGCACUAGGCCGCGUCGAACAUCGCACUAGGUCGCACGCUGCUGCUCUGCACCGCCGUCGCCGAUUUCGCCUCCGUUUUGCGAACUGAACUGCACUUCUCCUUAUUCCCAAGGUUUCUCUACACUGUUAAUUUGUUCUCUUCUCUCAUAUAUGGUUUUCACUGUUCACUUGGUCUCGCAGCUCUUUUGUGUGUUAGUAUUUUGUUCUUUGUUCUCUUCAGUUGGAUUGUUCUCACAGCUCUGUUGGAUUAUGUAUUGUAUUUGUCCAUUUGGAUCAUAUCCCUUGUUAUGAUUAUGUAUUUUCAAUUUAAGUUUGUUUAAUGAUGUGACUAAGAGGUUUUCUUCUUGUUGUUGUUUUUUUUAUGCAUAUUACUACAUAUUAAAUAUUACGUAUAAUUUGGCAUUUUAGAUAGGAACGUAGGAUCUUACUAUUCGAGUUAUAUUUCCCGAGUUAUGAGUUUUCACCCCUUCCUGAAUCCUGAUUCUAUAGAAUCUCGAGUUUAACAACGUUGUCGCUGCCAAAGUUGCUGUCAGUUGGUUGAUAUUUUAAAUUACAGCUUUUGAUCUAUGGAAGGUAAGGCAAGGGGUUGUUCUUCAAGUGAAGAUAGUGAUGAUGAGGUCUAUUUGCAAAAUGCAAGUGAUGAAGACGAGCUUGGCUCUUCAUCUGGUUCUAUGCCCAAGUUGCAGUUCAGGAACAUGAAAUCCAAAGGCUGUUGGAAUGAAGAGAUGGGAAUGGGAGAAGUCAUUGAGAAGAAUGGCAAAAUGUGGGUAACAACUGGAAUAGUUCGCAGUGGCAAGAUUUAUUCUUCAAUUGAGGAGACUUUGUUUAGAAAGUCUUCUCCCGGUGAUCCGAGUUUUCUACUGUACUUAUCUAGGGGUCAUCCAUCUAGAGCAGAAAUUGAAGCCCUUGAGAGACAAUGUGGUGGCAUUCCUUUGAAAAUUUGCUUGGCCACAGAGGGAAGGGUCAGCUUCUUUUCCUUUGACAAGGUGGAACUUCCUGUUCUACCCUGAACUUUUGGUACCCGUGGUUUCUGCUAGCAAUUGUUAUUAGUGCAUAGCCACUUUUAUUUUGGGGUUUUAUACCCCAAAUGCUUUUUUAUAUUUAUGUGAUUGCGAGUUUCUAAGAUAAAUAAUUCUUAUUUUAGUGAAAAAUACUUUUAAUUUUCUCAAGGAAUAUAUGUGGUUGGUUACCUUCUUGAAAGGUAAGGUAUUCCACUGGUGUAAAAAUUGGGAAGCCUUUAGUGAAAAUGUUAUGAAUUUAUUGCUACACUUUCAUAA